CAACAAACCAAAUCCUGUGGUCAGAAAUGGGCUAAUAACCAAUGUCGUGAACCCAAUUCUAACGUACGAUGAGAUUGACUCCUCCACCAAUCAGGGAGCUGGGCCGCAUCACUAUAAGAAGGGCAGUUUUCUUUCGUGGGCGAGGCAGAAAAAAAAAAAGUUUCACUGAGUACGUAAGGCGAAUUUGAGAAAUGGCUUCCAUGAUUUCUUCCUCCGCCGUGGCCACCGUGAGCCGCCGCACCGGCGCUCAGGCCAGCAUGGCCGCCCCUUUCACCGGACUCAAGUCCACCUCCGCCUUCCCCGCCACCAGGAAGUCCACCAACGACAUUACUUCCAUCGCAAGCAACGGUGGCAGAGUCCAGUGCAUGAAGGUGUGGCCACCAAUCGGUAAGAAGAAGUACGAGACCCUCUCCUACCUUCCUCCAUUGUCGGAGGAGUCGUUGGCCAAGGAGGUCGACUACCUGCUCCGCUCAGGAUGGGUUCCUUGCCUGGAGUUCGAGACGGAGCAUGGUUUUGUGUACCGCGAGAACCACAGGUCGCCGGGGUACUAUGACGGAAGGUACUGGACGAUGUGGAAGCUUCCCAUGUUUGGGUGCACCGACUCGUCCCAGGUGAUGAAGGAGCUCCAGGAGUGCAUCAAGGAGUACCCCCAGGCCUUCGUCCGCAUCAUCGGAUUCGAUAACAAGCGCCAAGUACAGUGCAUCUCCUUCAUCGCCUACAAGCCGAAAGGAUACAACUAAAACUCGUUGACCCUCCAAUUCCUACGUACCACCAUAAUAAUAGUACUUAUGGGAAAUAGGUCGUGGUCAAGUGGCCGUGCCGCUGAUUUUCAGUUUGUAGUUCUCAGGUUCGAAUCCAAUAGAAGAUGCUUAUUUUCCCCCUCUUCUAGUAGUAUCUUGUAACAGGUUUCUGUAAAAAAAUAACAAAGCCUCCUGUUACAGGUAUAAUAAUAUAAUAAUAUUUUGCUAUACUAUAGUUUGUGUUUAAAAUAUGCUCACUUAUUGAAUCGGCUUAGCUUCUCCCCAUCUUUCUUUCUUUUGUUUGGUGGUUGUGUAAAAUUUGCAUAUACUAUAGUUUGUGUUUAAUAUGUUUACUCAUUGAA